AUGGCAGAUUUGGGGUGGGAGCAUCUCCUUAGUGAUCUCGAAUGUAGACUGCUUUUCUAUCUUCACAGAGUGGGCAGGGAUGUGGCCAUUGGAACCACCUGCCUCUUGAGCGUCUGCCAAAUGAUUAUAAUCAGUCCCAGGACCUCCGGGUGGGCACAGUUUAAAGUGCACGCUGCCAAGUAUAUGGGCACCGCCAGCGUCCUCGGGUGGGUCCUGAACAUGCUCCUCAACGUUAUGGUUCUUCUGUAUAUGACCAGCAGAGAGGGCGGCCGGAACAUCACCAGGAAAAGAGAGUAUCACUACUGCCACUCCGUGACCCCCAGCCACACAGCCCAGUCAGUGUACGUGGUGUUGUUGGUUUUCCACAACGGCUUCUGUUUGGGACUGAUGCUCUGGGCCAGCGGCUCCCUGGUUUUCUUCCUGUUCAGACACAAGCAGCGGCUGCAAUACAUUCACAGCCAUCAUCGGCCCCCCAGGCCCUCCCCCGAGACCAGGGCUGUGCAAGGCGUCGUCGUCCUGGUGACGUUCUUCGUCUCUUUUUGGGGCCUCUCCAUGCUCUUCCACAUCUGCCUGGUGGUCCUCAGCAGCCCCAGCUGGUGGCUGGAGGACGCCUCCACCCUCAUCACCGCGGGCUUCCCGACCGUCAGCCCCUACAUCCUCAUGGGCCGCGACCCCAGAGUGUCCCCGCUCUGCCUUCCUACUAGGACAGGGGCCCUAAGUCACUGA